AUGAGCAAGCCCGAAGAAUUUCCCGACCCGAGUCCGGCCGGACCCGAUCCAGAACCUCCGUCUCGAUCUUCCUCCGACAAUGAUCCCGUCGCCGAUCGGGCUCCGUCUGAUCUCAAUCGCGUUUCUGAGGAGCUAAGUGAUCAUCUCAGGAAUGUGGGUUUGGAUGAAGCUGCGAAAGAGCCGAUUAGUGUCUCUGAUGGCAAUGGAGAAACGGAUUCGAGAGACCAGAAGGAAGAGGAAGACGAAGAAGUAGAAGGAAGAGAGCGUGAGAGUACGAUCGAGAAGAGAAUGAUCGCGUAUCCAGUGAGACCUGAUGCAGAGGAUUGCUCGUUCUACAUGAGAACAGGGAGCUGCAAAUACGGAUCGAGUUGCAAGUUCAAUCACCCUGUUCGAAGGAAACUCCAAGUUGGUAGGGAGAAAGUAAGGGAAAGGGAAGAGGAUGUGGAGAAUCCGAAGCUGAUGGAGUGCAAGUACUACUUCAGGACUGGAGGGUGCAAAUAUGGAGAGUCUUGUAGAUUCAGCCACACUAAAGAACAGACUUCUAUGGCGUCACGAACAGAGCUUAACUUCGUUGGCCUUCCUAUCAGACCGGGAGAGAAAGAAUGCCCUUUCUACAUGCGAAAUGGCUCUUGCAAGUUUGGAGGUGACUGCAAAUUUAAUCAUCCUGAUCCUACGGCCAUUGGAGGAGUUGAUUCUCCCUUGUUCCGUGCUAAUAACGGUGGGUCAUUUUCCCCAAAGGACGCGCCUCAAGCGAGUUCGACUUCUUGGUCUUCACCGAGACAUUUGAAUGGUACUGGUACUGGCACUGGUACUGCUCCCUUUAUUCCAGUCAUGUACUCACCGAAUCGUGGAGUUUCACCUCAGACUUCAGAGUGGAAUGGGUAUCAGGCGCCUUCUGUCUAUUCAUCAGAAAUUCCUGCUUCCACAUACCAUGGGAACAAUUCAGUGGCUGAAACCAGUUCAUUCUCGCAAUACCAACAGCAGAUACCUGCCGAGGAAUUCCCGGAGCGUCCGGAUCAACCAGAGUGCAGCUACUAUGUUAAAACUGGGGACUGCAAGUUCAAAUAUAAAUGCAAAUACCAUCAUCCGAAAAAUAGAUUGCCGAAGCAAGCUCCAUCCUCUUUCAAUGACAAGGGCUUGCCCCUAAGACCUGAUCAGAACAUGUGCACACACUACAGCCGCUAUGGCAUCUGCAAAUUUGGUCCAGCUUGUAGAUUCGAUCAUUCUAUACCGCCUACGUUCUCGUCCAACAGCUCCCAAACCGUAGAAGCUCCUCAAGCCACCGGAAACGGAAAUGAAAAUGACGGCUGGAACUGA